UGCCCGACCGCCGGCCCCAGGCGAGCGCCGCGCUGCCGCUCCUCUCCCGGCGGGGCCGGAGCGCCGAGGACAUGGCUGGCGUGCCGAGCCUGCUGGUUCUCCUCCUUGUUUUUCCAAGCGGCUGUUUGGGUUUCAGAAGCCCACUUUCUGUCUUCAAGAGGUUUAAGGAAGGUACCAGAUCCUUUUCCAAUGACUGUAUUGGUACCACCAGACCAAUAAUUCCUAUUGAUUCAUCAGAUUUUGCAUUGGAUAUUCACAUGCCUGGAGUCACACCUAAACAGUCUGAUACGUACUUCUGCAUGUCAGUGCGCUUGCCAGUGGAUGAGGAAGCCUUCGUGAUUGACUUCAAACCUCGUGCCAGCAUGGAUACUGUCCAUCAUAUGUUACUUUUUGGAUGCAAUAUGCCUUCCUCCACCGGAAGUUACUGUGGCACAUCUAGUGAUGAAAUGUGCAACUUAUACAUUAUGUAUUACAUGGAAGCCAGGCACGCAGUCUCCUUCAUGACCUGCACACAGAACGUAGCUCCAGAUAUGUUCAGAGCCAUACCACCAGAGGCCAGUGUUCCAAUCCCUGUGCAGUCUGAUAUGGUUAUGAUGCAUGGACAUCACAAAGAAACAGAGAACAAAGAUAAGCCUUCCUUACUACAGCAGCCAAAAGGAGAAGAAGUGCUAGAACAGGGUGAUUUCUAUUCACUACUUUCCAAGCUGCUAGGAGAAAGGGAAGAUGUUGUUCAUGUGCAUAAAUAUAAUCCUACAGAAAAGGCAGAAUCAGAGUCAGACCUGGUAGCUGAGAUUGCAAACGUAGUCCAAAAGAAGGAUCUUGGUCGAUCUGAUGCCAAAGAGAGUGCAGAACACGAGGAGAGGGGCAAUGCUAUUCUUGUCAGAGACAGAAUUCACAAAUUCCACAGACUAGAGUCUACUGUGAGGCCAGCAGAAAGCAGAGUUUUGUCAUUACAGCAGCCCCUACCUGGUGAAGGCACCUGGGAACCAGAACACACAGGAGAUUUCCAUGUCGAAGAAGCACUGGAUUGGCCUGGAGUAUACUUGUUACCAGGCCAGGUUUCUGGGGUAGCUCUGGACCCUAAGAAUAACCUGGUGAUUUUCCACAGAGGUGACCACGUCUGGGAUGGAAACUCUUUUGACAGCAUGUUUGUUUACCAGCAAAGGGGACUCGGGCCAAUUGAAGAAGACACUAUUCUUGUCAUAGAUCCAAAUAACGCUGCAGUGCUCCAGUCCAGUGGAAAAAAUCUGUUUUAUUUGCCUCAUGGCUUGAGCAUAGAUAAAGACGGAAAUUAUUGGGUCACAGACGUGGCUCUGCAUCAGGUGUUCAAGCUGGAUCCAAACAGUAAAGGUGGUCCUCUGUUAACCCUGGGAAGGAGCAUGCAGCCAGGCAGUGACCAGAAUCACUUUUGUCAACCCACUGAUGUGGCUGUGGAUCCAGACACUGGAACCAUCUAUGUAUCAGAUGGUUACUGCAACAGUCGGAUUGUGCAAUUUUCACCAACUGGAACAUUCAUCACACAGUGGGGAGAAGAAUCUUCUGGGAACAAUCCUAAACCAGGCCAGUUCAGGGUUCCUCACAGCUUGGCUCUUGUGCCUCAUUUGGGCCAAUUAUGUGUGGCAGACAGGGAAAAUGGUCGGAUCCAGUGUUUUAAAACUGACACCAAAGAAUUUGUGCGAGAGAUUAGGCAUGCGUCAUUUGGAAGAAAUGUAUUUGCAAUUUCAUAUAUACCAGGUUUGCUCUUUGCGGUGAAUGGGAAGCCUUACUUUGGGGACCCAGAACCUGUGCAGGGAUUUGUGAUGAACUUUUCCAGUGGAGAAAUUACAGAUGUCUUCAAGCCAGUGCGCAAGCACUUUGACAUGCCUCAUGAUAUUGCUGCAUCAGAAGACGGGACUUUGUAUGUUGGAGACGCUCACACCAACACCGUGUGGAAGUUCACCCUGACUGAAAAAAUGGAACAUCGAUCAGUCAAAAAGGCUGGCAUUGAGGUCCCGGAAAUCAAAGACUCCGAGGCAGUUGUUGAAAACAAAAUGGAGAACAAACCUGCCUCCACAGAGUUGCAGAAGAUGCAAGAGAAACAGAAACUGAUCAAAGAGCCGGGCUUGGGAGUGCCCAUUGUUCUCAUUACAACCCUGCUGGUUAUUCCGGUGGCUGUCCUGCUGGCCAUUGCCUUAUUUAUUCGGUGGAAAAAAUCAAAGGCCUUUGGAGCAGAUUCUGAACACAAACUUGAGGCAAGUUCAGGAAGAGUGCUCGGAAGACUCAGAGGAAAGGGAAGUGGAGGCUUAAACCUUGGAAAUUUCUUUGCAAGCCGGAAAGGCUACAGCCGGAAAGGGUUUGACCGCCUUAGCACCGAGGGAAGUGACCUAGAGAAAGAGGAGGAUGAUGGAAGUGAAUCGGAAGAGGAGUAUUCAGCACCUCUGCCUGCGCCCUCCCCUUCUUCCUCCUGAAGACCGGGCUUUGAUUUAGGUUGAUGGGAUUCUCCAAGAAUGCCCAAUUCCUUUCCCUUUAGCACGUUUAGACUUUUGCGUAUUUAAUUGUAAUCUGUACUAGUCUAUGUGGGACUGUACACGUUUUAUUUCCUUUGUUUUGAUUUAGUUGGCUUCUGUUUCUAGUUGAGGAGUUUCCUACAAGUUCAUAGCAGUGCCAUUGUCUUUAUAUGAACAUAGCCUAGAGGAAUGAGCCUCUUCUUACAUCACACUACUAAUUUAAUGAUGGAAGCUUUGCUCUUUUACAUUUUUGAGACUUUUCUGUAGUUGUAAAUAACCCCAUUCUCUGCUUGAACACAGUAUUUUCCCAAUAGCACUUCCAUUGCCUAUGUCUUGUCUUUGGUGCCUUUCCUGUUCAGCAUUCUCAGCCUGUGGCAGUAAAGAGAAACUUUGUGCUACAUGAGGACAAAGCUGCUAAAUCUCCUAUUUUUUUAAAAUCACUAACAUUAUAUUGCAACGAGGGAAAGAAAAAAAGUCUCUAUUUAAAUUCGUUUUUUAAUUUUCUUCCUCAGUUGGUGUGUUUUGGGGAUGUCUUAUUUUUAGAUGGUUACACUGUUAGAACACUAUUUUCAGAAUCUGAAUGUAAUUUGUGUAAUAAAGUGUUUUCAGAGCAUUA